CUAAUUAUCCCCUUUUCGGUAUUUCCCCACUUUCAAACCGCUCCGCUGCGCUUGGUUAUAUCUAGUGAAUACUUCACAUCACAGUUCAGUGUUCCAUGGCCUGUAUCGGUGUCUUCAUCGGACAGUGUGGUGUAACCAUCGGUCUACAAAUCCUAGCAAGUAACCCUCCAUCUCUCAACUGCUACGAUGGAACAAAGCACGCCAUCUUCAUAGACACUGAGAUUAAAGUCAUCAGAAGAGUUCCAAAACAACUGCUACGUUCAAACAACACUUUCUCUGACUUUCCUGGAUGUGGGGGGUGUUUUGCAAAGGGUUUAGCCUCAGCAGAAAGCUUUAUAGAUAAGAUCAUGGAGAAUAUAAGAGUUGAGAUCGAAAGGACAGAUUGCUGUAUGGGUUUCAUGUUGGUUCACAGUCUAUGUGGUGGAACUGGUAGUGGGUACGGAAGUAGGAUUACUCAGGAGCUAAAGAGUUUGUAUCCAGAAAUGUUUCUUGUAAAUGUGGCUGUGCUGCCGUUUAGGACUGGAGAGAAUCCCAUUCAGAGUUACAAUGUAGUACUUGCAGUUGAUAAACUGCAGGAGUAUUCUGAUAUGAUAGUUUUAGUUGAGAACUCGGUGGUCGGACAGGAACUAGCUGGGAAGCAGAAAGUUUCAAUGACACAAGUGAACGAUAAGAUAGUAUCAGAUCUUCAGAUAAUUCUCCGAAACUGCAAGCAAGUUCCCAAGAGAUAUGCCAUGUGGGAGGUGAUGAAGAUAGUUUGUUCGGUAGCCACCGUCAAGUUCUGCUCUCUAGGCAGUCACCACGGUAGAGACAUGACUGAAAAUAUCGAGCGUUCUGUCAGAUCAAUAAAGCAGAGAACUGGGUACGGAAAGUUUAAAUCUUUAUCAGGAGUGGUGUUGAGUGCAGAUACUAAACUUCAGCUGUUGGAUCAGAGACUUGAGAGUAAAAUCUCUAAAUCUUUCAAUUUUGUGGAUUGGAAUCCAUUUCCUGUUGAGUUUUGGUGCUGCCAGAAUAAACAACAAGGUAUUAAUUUUGCGAUCAAUAACGAGCGGAUAGAGGAGUCAUUAAUGCAUGAAACUGAUUCUGCACUGUUGAAAUUUCAUGCUGGUGCUUAUUUGCAUUGGUAUUCUCAAUAUAAUGUAGGGAAAGACGAAUUUGCCAGUGCAUUUGAGACUGUAAAUAAAAUCUUUGAAGAUUACAAGUAUUCGUGCAGAUAGCUAUAAUCAGUUAGGUUAUAUUUUUUAAUUUUGUUUAUUUGACAUUGACUUUAGUACUGAGAAAGCCCUUUAAGAAUACUGUCACGUUCUGCACAUUACUGUUUGUUUAAAAUCUUUGUUUACCUGAGGCGAACUUGAUCGAUAAAUUAUGCAUAUAAAUAUAUUAGAGAUAUGUUUCCUUUCAUGCUUUAUCUUCAUUGAAUCCUACAAUCGUUUAAAAAACUGUCGUGGUAUUAGGUGCACAAUAAAUUCAUCCAAACAAUAUAUUGGGUAUAUUGCAAUAGUUUUAGACUUGAAAGUAUUCUGUAUUCCAUCCCCGAUCUCUCAGUGCAAGCUAUAAAAAUGGCUCCAAAAAUAAGAGUGCCCGCUGACUUUGGGAGAGAGCACAUCAACUCAGAAGUACAUGGAAAUCUUAUACUGAAACUGAAAGAUGGUCGACAAAUAAGAACCAAUUCUAUGAUUAUGUCUAUGAAUAGUCCUGUUAUAGACAACCUUACUACUAACAUG